AUGGUUCGUUCAUAUAAAAGAAAAACAAUACCAACUUACGAUCUUGAAACCUUAAAGAAAGCAGUAGAUGAAGUCAAAACUGGCAAAAUAAAUUCGUACCAAGCUGCAAAAAAGUAUAACAUUCCUCGUAUGACUAUAUGUGAUAGAGUAAAUAACAAAAAAGGUAUCGUAAAGGAGAGCCGAGGACCACCUACAGUGAUUGACAGAGAAAAUGAGCUCAAACUUGCAAAUGGUUUACGGGUUAUGGAAAAAUAUGGGUUCGGACUCACUUCCAAAGAAACGCUAGAUUUAGUUGCCGUACACGUGAGUGAAAAUAACUACAAAACACCAUUCAAAAACAACAGACCCGGUUAUGAUUGGUUUGCUGCCUUCAAGAAGAGGGACAAUUUGUCCUUAAAAAAACCUCAGGCGGUGGAAAUGUCAAGAAAAGUGGCAUGUGACCCUUUUAUUGUUAAUGAGUAUUUUGAUACUCUUGAUGGAGUUUUGAGUGAACUUAAUUUAAAAGGAAGACCUGAUAAAAUUUGGAACCUUGACGAGUCAAGUUUUGGAAAAGAUCCCGAACGAACAAAAGUGGUUGGAGCCCGUGGAUGUGCCAGUACACGCACAAUCGCGUCAUCUGGAGAAGAUAAUGUCACAAUUUUGUUCACAGUCAACGCAAUCGGUGACAAAUUACCACCGUUGAUUAUACACAGAGGAAAAAAUACGUAG